AUCAGCAGCCAUGUUGGAUCAGCAGCCAUGUUGGAUCAGCAGCCAUGUUGGAUCAGCAGUUGAGUCUGGAGAUUUCUUUUUAGUUUUUAAUUUUUCUAAAUCAUAUACUGCAAGAAGAAUUAAGUCAGUAAUUCUAAAAGACGGGACUGAAGCCCCUUGGUGAGUGCGUAGCUACAGUGGGUGGGGGGACUGAAUUAAUUUCUGGAUUGUUUGUUGGGAAACUGCAGCUGAGAGAGGACAUCCGCCAUGACUGUGGUUCAACUCCCUGUUCCUUCGCCUCCUUCUGCAGUGAUGAGGUCAUCGACACGGACAGCCACUCUUGUUAUAAGAUGAAGAGAUGCAGGGCAGAGGAUUUUGUAAGCAUACAGGAGAACAACAGCAGGAGGUGACACGAUUAACACGAUGCUGCAUGCCUUACAGAGCAGUAACUUCUCUCACAGCAGUUUUAUAUUUCGAGGUUUUCCUGAGAUGCAACAGUACCGCUACCUGCUGGCAGUGCUGUUUUCUGCAUCAUAUAUAUCAGUGCUGCUUGGAAACUCACUGCUAGUCUACGUGAUCCGCCGUGCAGAAAGUCUGCACAACCCCAUGUACUUGCUGAUCUCCAUGCUGUGUAUCGUUGACAUACUUGUUGUCAUAACCAUCAUCCCAAAGAUGCUGUUUGGCCUCCUUUUAGACUGGGAUGAGAUCUCAUUGGCUGGCUGCUUGACGCAGAUGUUUUUUACUCACUUCCUCUCAUCAGUGGAGUCAACAUUGCUACUAGCGAUGGCACUGGACCGUUUUGUGGCCAUCUGUCACCCGCUGCGCUAUGCUGACAUCAUUGACUCAUCUAUGUUUGUGGGGCUGCUCUUCUUCAUACUGAUGCGCAGUGGCGCCAUCAUGGGAACUCUGGUUGGUUUGGCAGGUUCACUAUGGUUCUGCAGCUCCAAUGUCAUUUGGCACUGCUACUGUGACCAUAUGGCACUGGUUAGUUUGGCAUGUGAUGACACCAGGAAGAACAACAUGGCAGGCCUUGCUGUCAUCAUCUGCUUUGUAGGCGUGGACAUUUCUCUUAUAUUUCUGUCUUACAUAAAGAUUUUGAGCGUUGUUCUGAGCGCAGCACCGGCUGGUGAAGACCGCUGGAAGGCCUUUCACACCUGUGGUACCCACCUGAUUGUAAUGAUGUGUUUCUACCUGGUUGGCAGUGUCACCUUCUUAUCCCGCAAUCUCAACAUCCCCAUCCCCACUGAUGUCAACACCUUCCUGGGACUCAUGUACAUUCUGUUCCCUGCCACUGUCAACCCCAUCAUCUACGGAGUUCGUACUAAAGAGAUUCAAAGCAAUUUUCUGAGGAUUUUCAAACUAAAUGCAAAGAAAGUGGGGACAAUAAAAGUUUGCCCUGGUGGAAAGAAAGAUUCUGCAGGAAUCAAAGCUGCUACUGUUGAACUAUGAUUUUAAACAUGGUCAUUUAGCCAAACAUUUUUUGGCUAAAUGUUCUCCAAAAUGUUAUCUUUUCAGCAUUAUUUUCAUCAAUUUCUUUUACAUUUUGGGGCAAAAUCCUAAUUUAACAUGUCAUUUUUGGUCAAACAAUGUUUUACAUUUUUUCUGUCUGCAUGUUUUUCAUCAAAUUAGAGCAUUUUGAGAAUUUCUUUUUUAACUUUCAUUGGUAAAAUCUUCAUUUAGCCUGUAAUUUUUGGUCAUAAUUUGAAUAACACAUUUUGACAAAAAUCUUUGUAAAAUUAUUUUUCAAAUUAUUUUUAAAAACAUUAUC